AAAGCAAACCAAAACAAACUUGCAUAGCUGAAACAGAGGAGGGUCAGGCGAGGGAAGAAAAUUUGAAAACAGAGAAGAAAAUUUUGUUCAUAUAUAUAAACAUACAUGGGAGAGAAGAAAGAAGUCGUAUUGUUUGUUGAUGAAUUAGAAUCAGAAAUAGCUUCUGGAAUUCCCUUUUGUAGAAUUUGCCAUGAGAUUGAAUUUGAGAGCUUCAAGAGCUUGGAAGCUCCCUGUUCUUGCUCUGGUUCUGUUAAGUUUGCACAUAGAGAUUGCAUACAGAGGUGGUGUGAUGAAAAGGGCAAUACAACUUGCGAAAUUUGCCUACAGAACUUUGAACCUGGCUACACUGCCCCUGUCAAGAAAGCCAAGCUGUUGGAGGCUGCUGUUACCAUAAGAGGAAGUUUAGAGGUUCCGAGAAGGGAAAGGACGCAAGAAAAUCCAGAUUUGGAAGCCGAUGGUGAAGAAGAAGAAGAGUUGCUGGAAAGCGAAAGCUUCUCUGACGACAGACGGUGGAAUUGCUUUAGAGUAGUUGCUCUCGUUUUCACAUUAAUUCUGCUGAUGAGACAUCUUCUAGCCUUGCUAACGGGUGAAACAGAGGAUUACCCAUUUACACUCCUUACAUUGCUCAUUGCAAAAACAAGUGGAAUCGUAAUCCCAAUGUAUGUCAUGAUCCGAAUAGUACAAUCAAUCCGCAACAGCUUCAAGCACAGUAGCAGGCAUCAGUACGAGGAUCUCGAAGAUGAAUCAUCGAAUUCGGAGAGCGAGGAUGACACACAUUUCUCUUGAAGACGAUUUUCUAUCCGAUUAAUUAUAUUCGUUAAUUGUUACAUAUUAAAUGUACAGCAUGUCGAUGACAAAGUAUUUUUUUAUUAUUAUUAUAUACAGAGAUAUAAAAGACAA